AUGAUGUCUCCUCUUCUCCUCAACCCGCUCGACCUGGGCGCCGACAUCGUCUACGAGAGCGGGACGAAAUACCUCUCUGGCCACCACGACCUGAUGGCCGGUGUGAUCGCCGUCAACAACCUCGAGCUCGGUGAGCGCCUGUUCUUCCCAAUCAACGCCUCCGGCUGCGGCCUGUCUCCCUUCGACUCAUGGCUGCUCAUGCGUGGCGUGAAGACGCUGAAGGUGCGCAUGGACCAGCAGCAGAGCAACGCCCAGCGCAUUGCCGAGUUCCUGGAGAACCACGGCUUUAAGGUGCGGUACCCUGGCCUGCGCUCGCACCCACAGUACGAGCUGCAUCACUCCAUGGCGCGGGGAUCGGGAGCCGUGCUCUCGUUCGAGACGGGAGAUGUUAACGUCAGCGAGCGGAUUGUGGAGAGCGCGAAGAUCUGGGCUAUCAGCGUUAGUUUCGGAUGUGUCAACUCCUUGAUUAGUAUGCCGUGCCGGAUGAGCCAUGCGAGUAUCGACGCGAAGACCCGAGCGGAGCGGGAGUUCCCAGAGGAUCUGAUCCGGCUGUGUGUUGGUAUUGAGGAUGUGGAGGAUCUGAUUGAUGAUUUGCAACGGGCGGUAAGUUCUACAACUCCUUUCUCGGCCUCGAUAAGGACCCCUUGCGCUGACCUUUUUGCUCUACAGCUCGUGCAGUCCGGUGCUGUGAAUGUUACUCUGGACGAUUUCCAGGCGGUCAAUGCUGCGUAG